GCUCAGAAAUUCCAAAACUGCAGGCAAGAGAUUGCCCAGGGGGGGUCUGGCCCCACUCUCCACCUGGCCCUUACAGGGUUUGGCUGUGGGGCAGGGAGCAGCUGCCUCUGCAAGGAAUCAGAGCUGCCCGUGCUUCUGGCAACUUCCCUCUCUCCAGGGUUUUUCACCUCACAGGCCACAGCCCCCAGAUUCCUGCUGAGCUCUCUGCAUCAACAUAGCUCAAAUUCCUGAUCCGGGCAGCUCCGGGGUGAAGGGAGGCUCCAGAGCCCCUGCUUGGCUCUCAUCUGGGAUUGGGGUGCCCGUGGCUGUCCUCUCCUCCAGGCUCACCCCAUCCUGCACCCCCAGGGUUUCCUUUGGGUCUCCUAGGCUCCCAUUCCAUUGUCCCAGCCUGGCAAACCAUCACUGGCUUUAUCUGACCUCCUGGAGACAAAAAGCCUCUGGGCAAGCGGCUCCUUGUGUGCCAGGAGAGCAGGGAGCAAAUCUCUGCAGGCACCAAGCACCCCGGGGCUCUCCGGACGUGUCCCCAUGGGAGGGCUGGCCCUGGCGAGGUGCCGAGGUGGCUCCAGCACGGCUGAUCGGCCCCAGGGUGUGCCGUGGGAUUCCAGGGAAGCCUCGGGGCACUCUAGAAACCAGGUGAGGGAAGGGAAGCGCAUUCCUGCCCGGCUACAUCGGCACAGGCAUCUAUCGGCUGAUCCAUGGGACAUCCGGUGGGAUGGGCUGACUCAGCCUCCUGGAAGCCCCCGGUGCUCUGGGGAGAGGGACACCCCCCUUAGGGACACCUCGCAGGUCCCUUGGGGGUGCGGCAUGAGGCAGCAGCAGAGCAGGGUCCGGCUGCACGGGGACCCUGGUGCCACCCUGCUCUAGGGAAAGGUCCCACCUGGCCACACCGGCCCCGCCAGGGCGGUGCCUGCAAGUUCCUGUAGGUUGGAGAUACCGAUGAGCUGUUGCAAAACUAUUACUAAGGCAAAACCAUUUCCAAAGUGGGUUGCAAUUGCGUCAUCUGGGGCUCUGAGCAGUGCUUGCUGGUGGGCCCACAGCUGGGGGACAGUGCCAGGUGUCUGGCCUUGCUGCCAGCCUGCAGUGCCCAGACCAUCCCUGCAGGGGCUGGGACAUCACCUGGAAGGAGCUGCUGGUGUUUCCAGAGGAGGAAUGCGUCCGUGCUGAUCUCCCUGCGCGAUGUGACCUGCCUUUUGUUGUUCAAGCCGAGCGUGUGUGUGCAUGUGCGCAGCAAGAGCCUCUCCGGGAGCUGUUUGCCAGACUCACCCAGUUACCGGGAACCGAACCAACCGCCCUUCCCCUCCCCUCGCACGCUCACACCAACCCUGCCUGUGCAGGAGGGCUGCGGCUGGGAAGGAGCUUUCCCGAUCCCAUCCGGACACCUUCCUCUGGCUCUCCCACCUGGACAGCCCUGGGACACCACAGUGCACUGGAUGAGAGGACCCUGAUCACCAGUCUGCCAUCGUGCCCUGGCUAUGCCCCGUGCUGGACACUUCCCACCCCACAGCCCCCGGUGAGCGGGGAAGGAGCCUGAGCCUCCUCCAGGUUGGUGACUCUGGUCUCCCUCAGCUGCCAUGGAUUGGAAAACGCUGCAGGGGCUGCUCAGCGGGGUCAACAAGUACUCCACAGCCUUCGGCCGCAUCUGGCUCUCCAUGGUCUUUGUCUUCCGUGUGCUGGUCUACGUGGUGGCGGCCGAGAAGGUCUGGGGCGACGAGCAGAAGGACUUUGAUUGCAACACGCGGCAGCCGGGCUGCACCAACGUGUGUUAUGACCACUUCUUCCCCAUCUCCCACAUCCGCCUCUGGGCCCUGCAGCUCAUCUUUGUCACUUGUCCUUCCCUCCUGGUCAUCAUGCACGUGGCCUACCGGGAGGACCGCGAGAGGAAGAACCGGGAGAAGAAUGGAGAGAAUUGCCCCAGGCUCUACAGCAACACGGGCAAGAAGCACGGCGGACUGUGGUGGACCUACCUGUUCAGCCUCUUCUUCAAGCUUAUCAUAGAGAUCCUGUUCCUCUACCUCCUCCACAAGAUGUGGGACAGCUUCGAUUUGCCACGGCUGGUCAAGUGCUCCAACGUGGAUCCCUGUCCCAACACCGUGGACUGCUACAUCGCUCGGCCGACCGAGAAGAGGGUCUUCACCUAUUUCAUGGUCGGAGCCUCCUCCAUCUGCAUUGUCCUCACUGUCUGUGAGAUCUUCUACCUCAUCUUCAAGCGAGUUGUCCAGAGGACAAGGAAGUGGAGGAAAUCCACCAAGCGCUCCGUCAGCUACAGCAAGGCCUCCACCUGCCACUGCCACGUCAAGUCAGAGGAGAAGGACAACAAGUCCCAGCCUAGAGGAGAAGAGCUGUGACCUCACCCAUCCCAGCUGGUUCACAUUCCCCUCAACUUGGCUUUUCCAGCCUGCCAAAUCCCUGAACCCUCAAGAGUCGACCCGUGAGAAAAAUGACUAAACCCAACAAAGUAAUGUCCUUGGAGAGAAACCCACGGGUGCCUGAGCAGACACAGGUAAGGCAAGGACAGCCCUGGAGCUCUGCAGGUGGCAGUGCCACGAGCGUGGACAUCACAGCAGCGCACGGAUCCUCCGUGUCCAGCAGCUUCUCUCGGGUCCUGCAGCUCUGCUGCUCCCAUGCUGGGUGUGAGUGCCCCCAGCUGGUGCCCAGCCAGGGCUGGUGUGACCCAGGGCGUGCCAGUCCUCCCAGCUCACUGUGCCUCACACAUGCACUGCUUUCUUUUGUACCAAGAAACCAAAGGAAUUCUGGGCUCCGUGGCCAGAGCUCUCUUCAUGCACCCAAAGCAAUGACAGAGGACCAGGGCUCUAGUCUGUUGGCAACUGUUCUGCUGGCCCAGUUUGCCCGGUUUGCUCAGUUUGCUAUUUCUCCCCCUUGGCUCACACAAGCACCAAGUCAUGUCUUGCCCAAAAGCCCUUGCUGGCUCUGCUGCUUCCCUUGGUGCCUCUGUGUCCCCCCUCAUCUCAGAUGCACAUCACACACAGCACAAGCUACGGAUCCAAAAGUCCAAUAAAUGUCGUGUUUGGAGACACCAAGAUCUGCUCUGCACGCUGGAAACUGGGGGACUGGUGAGGGCAGAAGACAGGGAGAGGUUCCUCAGGAGCCUGCAGCCAGGUCCUUCUCAUCCGCCUGAGCUGGGCAUUGGCCGAGCCCACAGCGAGCUCACGUCCGCCCGUUCCGCCUCUCCCAGCUUGUCACGCGUCGUUAAACUUUAAUUUAGCAGAACCUCAUGCUGGCCCCCAAGGAAAUCAAGGAGGGAUGAGCAUCAAUUAUUUACUAAACCUUGAUAAAUAUUACAAUAAAUAGAAAU